CCUAAUACAGUUUUUGAAAACCAAAUCAUUUCAAAUGAAUAUUGCUUGUAUUCCAGAAACUAACUUUUUAGUUGUUUUGUACAGUCGCCCCAGGGUAGAUGGGAUGUUUAGUGCAUGGUUCAAGUAUCGCUAUCUGUUUCUCUCGGAUGAUCUUUGCUUUGUAAAAGAAAGCCAUCUCAGGCCGCGUCGCCUCUCUCCUACUCCGCCAAAGAUAUCCCGAUCAACUCGUGCCCAAUCGGUUGCCACCCGAGCCCCAGUUGUGCCCCCCGGAGGGCGCCGCAGCGGGAGCGUUUCUACCAAAUCCACCGCGGUUGGCCUGGGGUGCUGGCUCCUGGUAUUCGCCCACCCCGAAGUAGUCGAUCAAAAAGGCCGGCGUGUGCAAAAAGUCCUUUCCAUACACCGCCGGUAUAACGUCCACCGCAAAGUAAAAGAGAUGGCCUAUGACCAGCCCGUGGAGCAUGUCAAAAUAGGGAUUUCCCAUAAAGACCGUGAGCGCCAGAUAGGCAAAGGGGAGGUAGAUGGCCUGGAUCGGGAAGCCCCAGAUGUUCGCCUGGUUGGUUGGGUUGCGCUUGGACCAGACGUAGAGGACGUAAUAGAUCAGGUUCUUAGAAAAAAUCGGGGGAAUGGGAAAGCCGAGGCCCACCAGAAAGGGGUACGUAGCAAGCAGUCCGAGCGCGCCCAGCAAGAUGCAAAAUGCGUAGUCGGCGGUUCCACCUCCGGCCCCCGUGUUGAAGGGACCACCCGAUUCGUAUUGUUUGCUGAACUGCACCAGCAUGUACAUCGCAAUGAGGGUAUUGAAACUAAAAUCUCCGGCGUAACAAAAGGGCGUCAGAAACCUCCAGAUCUCCAUGCCCGACGUUACAUUUUCCCAGGACCAAAUUACCUGGUAAGGGCUAAUAAUUCCAAAAUUCGAGGUAAGGGUUACCACGACGGUAGCACCAAACCAGUAGCGGGUGAUGAUUGGUAAGGCGUUGAACAUAUCCUGCGGAUAGAUGGUUUGAGGGUUACAUUCGCGACAUUUGUCGUUAGAGAAGAUGGAGAGAGAGAGAGAGAGAGAGAGUGAGGAAGAAAUAAUUCUCUACAUCACAA